AGUGGGAGUGUAAAGAUGGCAGCCAAUGUCAGCAAAUUAAACAUGGCUCGAUUAAGAAGUUUCUGUUGCGUGUGUUCAAUGUUAACAUUAAACAACCUCCGUGAAUUAAUAUUCGUGCUUAUGACUGUUUGUGUUAUGACGCAGCUGUCGUCGGCAGACGACCAGGUAUUUAUAGAGGAUUUUUUGAAGCGGGAAUAUUCUCUGGUGAAGCCGUAUCGAGGACUAGGCUUCUCUAGUUCCUCCCAGUGGGAUCUGAUGGGAACUGCCAUGGUGACCCCUGAUCAUGUGAGGCUGACCCCAGACAUGCAGAGCAGACAGGGAGCUGUAUGGAGUCGGAUUCCUUUCAUUUUGAGGGAUUGGGAGCUCAAAGUUCACUUUAAAAUCCACGGCAUUGGAAAGAAAAACCUAAACGGGGAUGGACUUGCAAUCUGGUUAACCAAAGACCGCAUGCAGAAUGGUCCCGUUUUUGGCAACAUUAACCAGUUUGUCGGACUUGGAAUGUUUGUGGACACUUACCCAAAUGCAGAUAGGACCCACGAUAGGACUUUUCCAUACAUCUCAGUGAUGCUGGGAAAUGGAACCCUGUCGUAUGACCAUGAUCGUGAUGGGCGGCCCACCGAGCUUGGAGGAUGCUCGGCUAUGACGCGCAACUCAAUUUACGACACAUUCUUGCUGGUCAGAUACUCGAAAAACAUGUUAACGGUCAUGGUGGAUGUCGAUGGUAAACAGGAAUGGAGAGAAUGUGCCAACAUCAGUGGACUGAGGCUACCAACAGGCUACUACUUCGGUGCUUCCUCUGCCACUGGAGACCUGUCAGAUAACCAUGACAUCAUCUCAAUGAAAGUGUACCAGCUGACUGUAGAGAGGACUCCAGAGGAGGAGGAGGAAGAGGUGGUCACCAUCCCACGGGUGGACGAUAUGGACCAGUUUCAAGUGGAUGUGGAAGAGGAAGGAAUGAGUGGAGUCCAGUUCUUUUUUACCCUUCUGUUCUCCGUCCUGGGCCUGGGUGUGCUGGUGGUGGUAGGACUCAUGGUUUACACUCGCUGGAAGGAAAACAAGCGCAAACGAUUUUACUGAGAAAUGCUGGUUUUCCAAACAAGGGUUCUUAAUGCACAUUAGAACAACGAAAGACUGCCAUACAAUGAAAUAAACUCAACCAAUGACCUGCUAGGUCUAACAUCGAGGGCCAUGAGAACAUGAGCAGCCAGCAUGAACAGAUAAGUCAGAUGGGUAGUAUGUUUUAUGGUUUUUUUUAGUUCUCUGGAAGAUGUGAUCUAUAACUGUCCUGUCUCAGCUGAAGCACAGUGGGACUGCUACAGCUUAUCCGCUGACUGAGACACUGUCUUGACCAGCAGGAGGCGACAAAACAUUCGUAAUCAAGUUUAUAGGUUAAAUGCUUUGUGGACUUCACUGACAUCAUGAUUCAGGAGUUUGGAGAAGGGGUCUCUGCAGACCACUGUAUUUACACCUCUAAGAUUUAAGAUUAAUAAAUGUUCUUUAAUCAUUUCAGAGGUUGCACUUGUGGAAAAAGCUUAGUCAUCCUGUGAAAUAAAACUGACAAAGAAGCUUGAGUUUUUACAUGCUGUGAAAAUUGAAUUUGUAAAACUGCAUAACAGAAAACGGCACAGAAAAACAGCUUUAAAGGUAGUCGAGAUUUCUUUAAAAAGAAGUUCUGUUGGUUUAUAAGCGGUUAAUAUUCCACCUGCACUCUGUACCUGUCUUAGUGUCAUCAUGUAGAAUAAAUCCACAUUAUUUGGUGUCCAAGGCUGAAGAGUAAUCUAACAGGGUCCAGGACCAAAGCAGACUUUUACUGAACAAAAAUAACUCUGAAACAAGAUAGCAGAUCCUUUAAACUGCUCUCAAGUUUGCAUUAGAUGGUUAUUUACAGAAACUCUAAUGUUUAGUAAAACGGGAGGUUGGAAGCUGUGUACCAAUGAUCAUCUUCCUGUGUAAAACACAUACAGAUGUGUGAUGGGAAAAUACAGCAGUGUUAAAAUAGUAUAGAUCUUUAAGUGAAAGCUAUUUAGGUCAGAAAUAGGAAAGGCAAUACUAUUUAUUUCAGUACUGCCUUGCUGUUACUUCAGGUAGUAAGUUUGACCAUCAGCGUUUCACAUAUUGCUUUCUCAGUACGUGUUUCAACAGGACGUUUACUGGUGAUGCUGCACCUUCUGCUUCCAUAUUCUACGUAAAUAAUUAUUGGCUAUUAGUAACCUUUCAUUGCAAACUUGCUGAUGACUUAAAGGUUCACAAAAGAGCAUUCACACAAACUGUUAAAAACAUUUUUGAGUGGAGUUGUUCUGAGUUGGCAGACAUCCACACUGGCCUUGGUUCCUGUUGGACUACCCGUUAUCUUUAGCCUCCAGGACCAACUAAUCUGUAUUAAUACUCAAUGUAGAUGCCAAGAAAUAUUUACGUACUGCCUUGGUUUUUCUUGAAAAAAUGCAUUACAUGCUGUCGUCUUACUAGUUUCAACAGGAAGAUCAUUGGUGAAACAAGGUGUCAGCUCCCUAUAACCUUUAAAUAGAACUUUACUUGAUAAAUUCUGAACUAACCCUUUAAGUUCUUGUGAUCUAAAAUUAUGAGUGUAAAUUUAGGUCCAAUUUUUAUAGCUGUGACACCACAAAUACAGAGUGAUGUUGCCUCAGUGAUUUAUAGAUUUUGGAAAAGAAAGUGUAACAUUUUGCUGCCUUCUGGAUGGACAGUUAGGUUUAUGAUCAAGUCCAUACUGUCCAAUCAGUUUGAGGAAUAAAAACUCAAUCAGUAUUCAGAAUAUAGGAGUUCCAUAAAUGGGGUCCUGAAAGCAGUGUUUUAUACAGAUUCCAUGUUAUUUCCUUUGCAAACUUUAAUCACUUUCUACAAAUUCAACAACGACUCAUGAACAGGUUUCCCAAACUAACUUUACAGCUGCAAUCUCUGGAAACAGGAACACCUAUUUACAACCUAAUGAUCUUAUUGCUGCUAAAUAAUAAGACUUAAAUUACAAAAUAUAUAUAUAUAUAUAUAUAUAUAUAUAUGCAUAUUUUCCACUGAUUCUCUGUGAGCAACACACUGAAGCAGACAUAUCCACAGUGGGGAAAAGGCACCAGCAGGUGAGGUACAGAUUAGUUCACUGUUUGUCCCUCCCUUUAAAGCUCAAUAAAGGGUUGAGAGAAAAUCUGCAUUUCAAAUCAAAGCUGGACUUUCAGGCUACAGUUGAUGUUGGCGUGUCCUGGAGCAGUUUGAGAUGAUCAGUUUUGGUUUUCUCCAUAGGUCUGCCAUACUCUGAUUUUUUUUUGCUAAUCCUGCAUCGUGGGAAUUUCAAUUUUAAGGUACUGUGUUACUCAUGUAUAAUUUUGAUACUCCCCCUCCUGGCUGAAAACAGUUUAUGCACUUGGUUUGAUUCACUAUAGAGCAUAAUGGGGUGUUUAACUACCUUUUACCUCCACUUUAUCUUGAAAUGUAGCUGCUAUGACAACCAAUUAACCUGCGAAUUAUUGUUGUUACCUCGUUGCACUGAAUAAGUCUAGCUGUAUCGUGGCUCUCACACCUCUGAAGGAACCCUUUAAGUCAGAUGAAGCACUGCACGGCUUCCAGAACAAACUGAUUAUGUCAACUGUUUCUAAUUGUUUAAUUGAUGGCUUGUUCUCUUUAUGUGAAAAGACCGAUUCUCCUUGAAGUGCCUAAUUAGGACCAAUAAAGAUGCAAUCCACUCCUUUCUGUAGCUGUAACCUGUUCUUUAACUUUCUAAUUAGCCAUUAAAAGACUACCUUAGAUAUGACAUCAGAUACAGAUCUUUUGUUAUAGUUUAUAGUGUGAAUAGUCAGUCUCUUUAAACUGCGUGGAUAUGAAUCUUUACCACAUAGGUGACAUGCAAUAUUACUGGUGUCAUCAUACAAGUUGGUACCUUCAGUAGCCAAUGGAUACAGCCGUGUCAUGGUAAAGUCCGUUUUGGCCAAAGUAGAUUGUUGGAUGGCGUUUGUCAAGGCUAAGCUGCAGUUCCAACCAUUAUUGGAUAUGUUUGAUACUUUUUAUUGAAUGAUAGGAAGGAACAGUGCAGCACAUUCCUUUUGUUCACAGGGAUAGAUCUUUGCGUAGGAUUCAAGUAAUGCCAUUUAUUACAUGCAACACAACAUGACCACCAGGUUCUAGUAGAUGUUCUGUCCAACCGGACAUCUGUCUACACUGACUUUUCCCUCUUCCAAAUAAGCAUUGAAUCCAGGGAUGGAGAUUAGGCAGACGUCUACCACAGGCUUUCAGAUGUUUGUCUUUGUUUUCAAGUCAGUGGAGUCCAGCCUCCAAACAACAGAACAAUAUGACAUAUGGAAAGUGCAGUAUUGCAGAAUAAUUCAUUUAUGUAACCCCUGUUGGUGAUUGUUUUGCAUCAUAGUAUUUGAUUGUUGAUUACAUGCAUUUCAUAUGAAAACAUUUGAACAGUUCUGGAUCAACAGUACAGAAACUGCAAAUAUUUUACAUUUACACAAAUAAGUUCACAACAAACAGCCUAAAGUAGCACCAGCCGUCAUUUUAAUAAAUGACUAUCCAGUUUUGGAGCCUGUUGUACAAAACUGCUUUGGUGAGGAAAUUAUGUUCUUGCUUGUUUUUUGUUUUUUUUUAUCCUCCAGUGAGUCUCUGUAAUCAUAGAAAAGUGUAGUUUAACUCAUUAGAACCAUCGAAUGCUUUUGUUUCAGUACCUUAACCAGCUAAUUGUUCUUCUUUGACUUCUGUAGACACUGUUCUUCAUUGUCCUUCAACAAUUCCUUUUAAACCCUUUACUUGUUUUCUUGUUUCUAAACAGAUAUUCUUUUUUUUUUUUUUCGCAUUGAUCAGCCAUGAAUCUCUACCAUUAGGUUUAACAUGAGCCAAUCAGUUCUAUAAGUACUGUGUCAGAAUUGUUAAUCUAUUUCAGGAAAAAUGUGAGUGAAGAAAUGUAUGUUCUUCAGUCUGCUGUGACGGAUCUCUCUAUUAAAGUUUCUGUUCUUUCACUAA